ACCGGACGACUGCAAGGGCGCCUUUUGCUGGUCUGCAUGUCAACAAGAAGGAGAGGCUCGGCUUCAUUUACAAUAUUAAUGCAUGCGUAUAAGACUACGCCAGUUUUGUGGGUCGAUACGCCAGUGGUUUUCUACUCUGUUUAGCAGCGUUUUUCAUUUCAGGCCGACAUGGCACCGUACACCUUAAUGGCAGCAGGUGUUAGCCUUCUGGCUAAGUCCUUCAGUGUGCUGUCCUGCACCAGCGCUCUGGCAAGGUUUACCAGUGUCCUACCUGCUGCAUAUAUCAACCCAGUGAGAUGUCUAACCUCUCAGGCCAGUGGCCCUCCAAAGCGGCCUCUAAAUGGAUACAUGAGAUAUGUUCAACAACAGAAGCCUAUAGUGACUAGUCUAAACCCAGAAAUCAAAUCAGUGGAUAUCAUUAGGAAGAUUGCCCAGCAGUGGAGAACGAUGAGCCCAGAGCAGAAACAGCCAUUUCAGGAAGCCUUUGACCGAGCCAGGGAGCAAUUCAAGGUGGACCUCGAGCGCUACAAGGCCCGACUGACUCCAGCACAGCUCCAGCAACAAUCCCUGGAGAAAAGGCAGAGACUGGCCAAGAGAAGGGCCAUUCGAAAGAAGAGGGAGUUAACCAACCUGGGGAAACCCAAACGUCCUCGCUCUCCUUUCAACAUCUUCAUGUCGGAGCACUUUGAGGAGGCCAGAGGAGUCACCACCCAGGCAAAGAUGAAGUCAUUGUUGGAGGACUGGAGGAAUCUGUUCAGCCAUCAGAAACAGGUCUACAUACAGCUUGCAGAAGAUGACAAAAUUCGCUACAAGAAUGAGAUGAAGUCGUGGGAGGACCACAUGGUGGAGAUUGGACGAGAGGACCUGAUCCGAGAACAGACCCUGUCUGCCAAGAAGAAAUCUUCUGCUAAAAGUCCAGCAGCUAAGAAAGGAACAAAGAAAGCUAAAGCUACAGCGGUAAAGAAAGCCAGUGAAGCAGGAAAGUCAAAAACAACCAGGAAGACAAUGAAAAGUACCUCUGCAAAAACUGUCUCCCAAAGGUCUACCAAGAAGAAAUGAGAUGUAUUUAUGUUGUGAGACCAGAGCGAAGAGAUAUGUUUGUGACGGCUGAAUACAGGAGUUCUGAUGAGCCUGGGCUCUGCUCUCCGUUGUUUUUUAAAGUCACAAAGUCCCCAGUUCUAAUGAAUGCUCUUCAUGUCCAACAUGCCAAAGUUUUCACAGCUUCCAGACAGAUUAAGAUAAUUUCACAUAACAUCAGUGUUUCUGUUUAUUGAAACUUACAGCAAAUAAAUCCAGAAAACAGGAUUUUUUUUAAGGUACAUUAUUGUCACUCCAUCUUCAAAUACACAGAAAAAUACUGUAGAUACUUUUCAAUUUAAUGUUUGGAAGGUCUUUGUGGCGCUGAGUGUAACCACAGUAUAUAAGGUUAUGUUGCUGUCCCAAAACAAUCCCACCUUUUUUCUAUUUUUGGUCAUGUCAUACAGAGUAGUAAUUUAAAGAAUAUGUCUGGUGUUACUCUGUUUGGUUUUUUGUCAAGAAAUCCAUGGAAAGUCCAAAACCAGUAUUGUUUUUGUCUGUCUCUGUAGCUAGACUUCUUACGCAGUCUGUUCCAACAUAAGCAUCUUUCAGGUAUACAGUUUGGUUUUGAAAUGGUCACUUUUAUUAAACGGGACAGAUAGAUCCAUAUUUGGAAGUGCAUCCUUAAGAUAGCAGAAUGAUGCUAUAUGUGGGAUUGAGUCAAUAUGAAGGGCAGAUACACUGAUGUUACAAUAGGGAGGUCAAAGUGUGGAGAGAGAAGCACAUCAUCAGUUUUGGGCUUUUCAGUUUGAUGACUAGAUCUAUUGACUUUGUUCUCAGUAGCUUUCAAAAAGCAAUGGGCUAAUUGGUUGCAAAAUUCUAGACUGUACUUCAUCUGACAGUACCUCUGUUCCCGUAAUUGCAGCCUGACUGAAUUCUUUGUAUCAGCACUGGUAUCAGUGUAGCAUAAGCUUCAUUUGCAACCUCAAACUGUGAAAUCCUGCCAUUUGUCAUUUACGUCGCAAGGACCAUUAUCAACUGACACUUGAGUUCCAAUUUUGCAUGGCUCCAGUGAAGUUUUAUAUGUAAGAUGCUUUUUGCUCUGUUAAAAGCUGAAGAAAAACUGUCAGGGUUGAUAAUAAAAUGAAUUUUUAUAAUUUCCCUCCGAUGAGAAGUGCCAGUUUGCCCUGACUUCACUGUGUGAAGCGAGUCAUUUGCUACAUGUCUCAAACAUGAACGAGCUUUGGCGAAUGUCAAUUAAUCCUAAUAUCAACCAUCUUUCUGGUCUGCCAUUGUGACCAACACUGGUUAAUUAUUUUUAGUGUUAACUUUGGUUUGUAGAAUGUAUUUAGUGUUACCAUAUUCAUACUGCAUUUAACAAAAGUGGUUUACUAUGUAGUGUGGGUUUUCUGAAUAAACAUUUACAUACACUUCUCUA